AUGGGUUCAUUACAAUACUCCCAUCCUCCAAUCCUGGAUCUGGACGAAGCGAACGGCAAUCUCUUAGUGGAAGACGGGACCAGCAACGUUAGUCCACAACGAGGAUCACCACAAAGUGAAGACAGAUUAAGCAGCAGUGAUUUGGUAACGAUCAAUGUCUCAGGGCUGCGAUUUCAAACAUUCGAGAAGACGUUGGCGAGGUUCCCGAACACGCUUUUGGGAUGCAAGUCGAAACGCGAACGAUAUUACAUGGAGGAUGUGAACGAAUACUUCUUCGAUCGGCACAGAUCUGCGUGA